AUGUGUGAUGGUGGAAGCAAGGAAGGCCAGGUGCGGCGAGCCUGUCGGACAAUGGUUAGCGUGACACUGCUGCCGCUCUUGGUGCUGGUGGCCGCUGCUGAUUGCUGCUAUCUUUUUCCAAGCGACGUUCCGGAUCCGUGUCGAGGUGUAGUCUGCGGGCCGGGUGCGCUGUGCCGGCCCACGCCCGAUGGCCGCGCAUACAACUGCGAGUGCCCCACGUCGUGUCCCAGCUACGGUGAUCACGAGGGCUCGCGUCCACUCUGCGCAAGCGACGCCCGAGACUACCCUGGCGACUGUGAGAUGCGCAGAGCUGCAUGCGAAUCAAAUACAAAUAUAACUUUCAAGUAUUACGGUAAAUGCGAUCCUUGUUCUGGAGUGACCUGUCCUGACCCUGAAGUGUGUCAGCUGGACGACCGACGGUCUCCAUCCUGCCGUUGCGCGGAACCUUGUCCCCUCGAGUUCUCCCCAGUCUGCGCCUCCGACGGCAAGACAUAUUCAAACGAGUGUCAGAUGCAUCGGGAGUCCUGUCGAGCCAGAAAACAAUUGAAGAUUAUUUUCAAAGGGCAGUGUAGUUCUGGUGUGAAUCCCUGUGCUGAAGUGGAGUGUCGGCACGGCGCGGAGUGUCGGGUGGAGGGAGGCGGUGCGGUGUGCGCCUGUCCACCGCCCUGCGAACCUGUGCUCCGGCCUGUGUGCGGCUCGGACUCACGCACUCAUGAUAGCGAGUGUGAACUGAGGAGAGCUGCCUGUCUACUGGGGAGGGAGCUCAGGGUACUCCACGCAGGAGCUUGUGGUUCCAACGGUGUGUGUGCUGACCGCGUGUGUCCUCACGGCGGAGAGUGCGUGGCGACGGGAGGUCGUGGCGUGUGCCGGUGUCCACGUUGCUCCAACGAGUUUGCACCAGUUUGUGGUUCUGACGGGAUUUCCUACGGCAACCGUUGCAAGUUGCAGCUAGAGGCUUGUCGACAUCGGCGGGACGUGCAAGUGCUCUACGACGGACCCUGCAACGGGUGUGAAAACAAGAAGUGUGAGUUCUACGCAGUUUGUGAAAGCGACGGGGUCUCUGAAGCGAGCUGCGUCUGUCCUAAGCAUUGUGAAGAAGGAACGGAAACGGAGGAAGUUUGUGGGACAGAUAAUAAAACGUACAGCAGCGUGUGCGCACUACGUGAUACCGCUUGCAAGGAGAAGAGGCGGAUUCAUAUCAAGCACAUGGGAUCCUGUGAGUCGUGUGCGGAGAUCGUAUGCCCAGCGGGUACAUGGUGUGCCCGGGGAUCCUGCGGCUGCCAGGCAGCGUGCGCUGAAGCGGCUCGAGAGCCUGUCUGUGGAGACAACAGGAGAACGUACCCACAUCACUGCGCACUGAGGCGGAGUGCCUGCGAGGCUAAGGCGCGAGGCGAACCACCGCCUCGAGUCGCCUACUACGGCGAGUGUACUGAACAGGACGAGAAUAAUACUGCAGACGGGAACAGAUCAUCGAAGUAUACAGACUUAAGUAACGAGAUUCGAGCGGGAGAUGAGAACGAGAAUGCGAGUGAGGCUGUGACCGGCACCGCGGUGUGCGCACGAGUGCAAUGCGCGUACGAAGCUACGUGCGCUGUCGACUCUAAUGGACAACCCAGGUGCGCAUGCCUGUUCGACUGCGCGGCCGCCGCAGCUGCAGCUACUUCGUCGGCUCCCGUCUGCGCGUCCGACCUGAGGUUGUAUCCAACUUUGUGCCAUAUGAAGCUUGAAGCUUGCCGAAGACAGGAAGAUCUUAGGCUGCGACCUCUUCCCGUGUGUCGAGGGUUAGAGUUCAGGCCUUGUGGUGAUGAUGAGCCACUCACAGAUGCUGAAGGCAGACCUAUCGACUGUGGUGGUGGUCCUCAUAGGAAGGAUUGUCCAGUUGGUAGCUACUGCCAUCACACUGCUAAAGCUGCACGAUGCUGCCGGAAAGAUAAAGCGGUUGUCGAGAAGAAAGGUUGCCAGGAGUCUUGGCAUGGCUGCUGUGCUGAUGGCGUGACUCCGGCUCGAGGGCCGGGCGGUGCCGGGUGCCCAGCCGUAUGCGGAUGUCACCGGCUAGGUUCCGUUAACGAGCAAUGUGACGAAGAAGGACAAUGUGCCUGCCGACCCGGUGUCGGUGGACAGAAAUGUGACCGUUGCGAACCCGGCUAUUGGGGGCUUCCUAGAAUCGGCACCGGACAUACUGGAUGCAUACCUUGUGGUUGUUCUGCGUUUGGUUCAGUACGUGAGGACUGUGAACAGAUGACAGGUCGAUGUGUUUGCAAACCAGGCAUACAAGGACAGAAGUGCACCGUCUGUUCCAACCACGAGCAUACACUAGGACCUAAUGGGUGUUUUGAUCCGGAAUCUACACAACUGCCAGCAACCAACUGCGACCACAUGACGUGCUACUUCGGUGCGCACUGCGUGGUGCGCAGCGGGCUCGCCACGUGUGAGUGCGCGAGUACGGAGUGCCCGCCGGCUGACGGACCCUCUGUCUGCGGCAGCGACGGCCGCACCUACCUCUCUGCCUGCCACCUGCGCACACACGCUUGCAGGACCCAGUCUGACGUUGUGGUGCAAGCCUUCGGCCCCUGCAGCGAGGAAGCACCCCACGUGCGCCGAGGUAGUCGCGCCAGUAGGUCCAACCGCUCGUCCCUCACACGGCAGAAUAGUGACCUCCACACUAACACGCACAUGGAAACCGACAAAACAUCGCUCAAAGACUUCGAGUACAUCAAACAAAGCCCCAACUCACUGCAGUUCACUGAUGCUUCCGUAGACACCAGCGAUAGCGGCAAACCCGACAGUCCUGAACCUGAGCUCACUUAAAAAACAUACACUCAUUCUAGUAGCGUUGUAGAAAAUAACGUCGAAGGGAACUGUGCCAAAUCUGGCAAAGAUAACAGCCAGCCUGUCGUUGAGGACGUUGAAGAAGAAUUUGAGUCUAAUGAAGUGGAUGAUUACUCAAUGUAUGAAGAAUAUUUAGAGGAAAACAACCGCGACAUGUACGAGGUACCAUUGUUUGAUGGGCACGCGAGACUGACGGCGCGCGCGAGGUUUCCUGCUAAGCGCUUCGAUAUUUGGGCUGAGGUUUCUGCCGUUUGCGGUAGAGGCGCAUUAGUGAGUGCUUCCGGUACGAGGGACCAUUUGUGGCUUGGGUUUGUGGAUGAUAGGGCUGUGUUACGGUGGGACGCCGGCAGUGGACCAUUUGAAUUGCACACCGGGAAGGUUAAAAUUGAUGGGAAAUCCAAAGUAUCUGCGAGAAGGUAUAAGAAGGACGGGGUAUUGAAGCUUGGGUAUUCAGUGGCGAGAGGAUCCUCACAUGGACGAAUGAGUUCCUUGGAUGUGGAUCCCUACAUCUACAUCGGCCAGCCUCCGGAGAAUGUUACAAAAUUGUCAGGGGCAUCAGGUAUUGAAGGCUUCGUGGGUUGUAUACACCGGCUGCGUGUCAGUGGACGUGACCUGAUCCCUCCAUCCCGAGGUCUGACCGUCACUUCUGUCGGACUGAGAUCCUGCACUCCACAUAAUUUAGCUCGGGUGGACGGUCAAUCUCGUAAUCGUUUAUUUACAUUGGCGAUGGGUCUCGCGUGGUUUGUGUUGCUGAUGUUUGCGCUGGACAUGGCGACCACAGACGGGCCGUCGGCGCGCGCCCGCCUGCCACCCGCCGUCUCUGCGUGCAACACUGGUGUCACGUACAACAAAGUGCUGCUGAAACACGUCACCCUCCUGUCCAAUGACGCCACGAUUUUCGUGGAGAGCUCUAGUACGUCGUGUCCACCUGUACGUGUUCGCACAUACGGUAUAUUUUUAACUGAGAAGCGACGAGAAAGCGGUGCUUUGUGGCUUAGCUUAGUAAUAGAACCUCUGGUGUUGACGUUAAGGAGUAUAGGAAUAAUCGAGGCGGUUGUGAAAGGGAAGCUAUCGGCGACGGCGGACCAGAACCAGACCCGAGUGUACGACGCGUAG